UGUACCAUGAAUUUCCCCCACUUAAGGCUGAGUGAGACAGCUUCAAUCUACCUCACACUUAUAUGCAGUUGGGCAUUUAGGAAAAUUAAAGCAUCAUAGUUCUAGAUUAUUUAUCAAAUGAGAGAUUGAAGUCAAGAAUAUUUGCCACGGCUUUCCGCACCAGAUAAGGGUCAAUACGGCUUUGUUCUGGAUUCCCAUCACAACUUAAAGGGAAACUUUAACAAUGUCUGGAGCCCUUGAUGUCCUGCAAAUGGAGGAGGAUGUCCUCAAAUUCCUUGCAGCAGGAACCCACUUAGGUGGCACCAACCUUGACUUCCAAAUGGAACAGUACAUCUACAAAAGGAAAAGUGAUGGCAUCUACAUCAUAAAUCUGAAGAGAACCUGGGAGAAGCGUCUGUUGGCAGCUCGUGCCAUUGUUGCCAUUGAAAGCCCAGCUGAUGUCAGUGUCAUAUCCUCCAGGAAUACUGGCCAGCGAGCUGGGCUGAAGUUUGCUGCUGCCACUGGAGCCACUCCUACUGUUGGCCGCUUCACUCCUGGAACCUUCACGAACCAGAUCCAGGCAGCCUUCCGGGAGCCAAGACUUCUGGUGGUUACUGAUCCCAGGGCUGACCACCAGCCUCUCACAGAGGCCUCUUACGUUAACCUGCCUACCAUUGCUCUGUGUAACAGAGACUCUCCUCUGCGGUAUGUGGACAUUGCCAUCCCAUGUAACAACAAGGGAGCUCACUCAGUGGGUCUGAUGUGGUGGAUGCUUGCCUGGGAAGUUCUGCGCAUGCGUGGCACCGUCUCCCGUGAACACCCAUGGGAGGUCAUGCCUGAUCUCUACUUCUACAGAGAUCCUGAAGAGAUUGAAAAGGAAGAGCAGGCAGCAGCUGAGAAGGCUGUGGCCAAGGAGGAAUUUCAAGGUGAAUGGACUGCUCCAGCUCCUGAGUUCACUGCUACUCAGCCUGAGGUGGCGGACUGGUCUGAGGGUGUGCAGGUGCCCUGUGUGUCUAUUCAGCAGUUCACCACUGAAGACUGGAGUGCUCAGCCUGCUACUGAAGACUGGUCUGAAGCUCCCACUGCUCAGGCCACUGAGUGGGUAGGAACAACCACUGAGUGGUCUUAAACUGUUCUUCCACAGACUUUAAAAUGGAAAUAGGUUGAUGGAAAAUAAACAGUUUCUAAAAAAAAAAAAAAAAAAAAAAAGAAUAUUUGCUACCUAGGUGUAAGGAUUGAACUGAACUUGAGAAUAUUCCAUGCUAAACCUAAAUUGGAUGGGUUAAGGUCUGGCUUAAGAAUGUCUUUGACCCAUUGUGUAGUCCUUUUUACCUUGAUUAGGAAUUCUCUGAGAACUAUUUUAAAAUAUAGCCACCCUUAAAAGAAUAUGAACAAAAUUAAAAUCAGAAUGACUUCCUACUUUUUCUCUAGAAGAUAAAUGUAA